AUGACCGAAGAGACCCCCCUCCACGUCGCCGCCUACUAUGGUCACUCUGCGUGUGUGGAGCUGCUGCUGAAGUACGGCGCGUCGGUCAAGGCCAAGACCGCGGAUUCUAGAACCAGCAAUCUGGAGAGCGUGCGCCUGCUGGUGGAAGCCGGAGCCGACAUCAACCCGCAGGACAAGGACGGCGACUUCCCCCUGUCCCUUGCCGCCGGGUACGAUCACACGGACGUGAUUUCGUAUCUCCUGGAAAAGGGCGCCAGCGUCAACUGCCAAAGCACCAAGGACGGCGAAUCAGCGUUGCACAAGGCCGCGUGGCUGGGUUGUGUGGACAGCAUCGAAUUGCUGUGCCAAAAAGGCGCUGAGGUCGACAUCAAAUCCAAGAGCUAUGCGGCUACGCCCCUCUCCAAGCACGGGGCCGACGUCAACCUGCCGAACAAAUACGACACCACUCCGCUGUAUGCGGCGUGUGGACUGUACAGCGACGACGUGGCCGAAGUGUUGCUCGCGUCUGGCGCGCGGAACCACAUCUCUGAACGAAUCACGCCCAUCUAUCGGACCAUGCAAGAAAAGAAGUGCGACUUGGCUGGAAAGAUCGCGCUGGCCGAGCUCACCUUCCUCGAGCAGAAGCGCGGCACCGCCGAAACCGACGACGAGAAACGCAAGAGAGAAGAGUGGGAAAAGGAGAAGGAAAAGAUCAAGGACACCCUCGAGUGGGAGAUCGAGAAGAGCGAGUUCGCCAAGCGGUGGGAGGCCAACGAACUGGACCGCCUCCACUACCUGGCUCUGGCGGGCGACGCCGCGGCGCUGGCCGCGCGCAUCGAAGAGCGCAAGCGCGAGUACCUCGCCGAGCAGGAGCAGAAGAGCCUGGCCGAGAAGAAGAAAGCAGCGCUGCAGAGCGCAAUGAAGGACAAAAUGGAGGUGGACAGCGCCAAGAAGAAGGAAGAAGACGACAAGCAAGAGGCGGAGGAGAUUCAGGACGGUCCGCUCGAUGUGCGCCUGAAGGACGGGCUCACGCCCCUGCAUUUGGCCGCCUUCGCCGGCAACGUGGAGUGCCUCAUUCUGCUGCUCGACUCUGGCGCCACGCUGGGUGUGAAAGACAUCCAGAAGCGUACCGCCUUCCAUUGGGCUGCGGUGCGAGGACACCAUGAUGUGCUCAAGCUGCUCAUCGACCGAUUCCAGCAGGCGCCAAUCGCGUUCACGGAAGACAGUGCGGACGGCGAAGGCGACAACCUGCUGAUGGCCAAGGACACCAGCACCAUAAGCGCCCUCGGUCUCGCCGCCAAGCUACUGUUGAAUGCCAGCGGCCAUGUGGACAAGAGCUGCUUCGGCUCGCUCCCCAAGAAGGCCAAGUGCUCCGCGUGCCUCGAUUUCCUGGUCAACCAGGUGAUCCGCACGGGCGUGGCGCCCAAGCAUCCUGACGACAUCAUCUACGGCGUGGGCGACGUACCCGACCUCGUGGAGCUGCUGCUCAAGCACGGAGCCACCCCGACGCCCAGUGCCCUCUCCGCUGUGACCACCUACGGUCACGCCAAGAGCUUCAAGGUGAUGCUCAGCAAGCUCACACCGGCCGAGAUCAAGCGACGACCUCUGCUUGCGUCCAUUCGAGGAAGCCUCGAAUGCGCCAAGAUCGCUGUUGCCAUGGGCGCCGACCCCAACCUCGUCUCUGCCUCUCAGACGCUGUCGAUGGAUCAGCAAUCGGCGCUGCACGAGACGGCCAACUGCGGGCGCUACGAUAUCCUCCACUACUACCUGAGCGAGUGCGGCGGCGACCCGGACCUGCGCGAUUCCCGGGGCCGCACCCCGCUGCACUCGGCGGCCUACGGCGGUCACAUCGAGUGCUGCAAGCUGCUGGUCGAGUACGGGGCCAAGUGGAGCGUGGCCGACAUGCGCAAGCGUCUGCCCCUCCACGAGGCUGCGACCCACGGCUUUACGGAUGUGUGUAAGUACCUGGUGUCGAUCCCCCACGGCAAGCGGGCGCUGAGCACGCGGACCUUCACCCAGAGCACCGCACUGUUGGAGGCUGCCCAGGGCGGACACAGCAUGUGCGCACUCUUCCUCAUUCGCGCGGGCUCCAACAUCUACGCCACCGACAGGAGCGGAUCGACAGCGUUGCACUACGCGGCACUGCGAGGCAUGCUGAAGGUGAUGGAGUUGCUGAUCAAGCGCGGCGCCAACAUCGACAGUGCCGACAGCAAGGGCAACACACCGUUGCACAUGGCGACCAUGAGCGACCACUCGGAGGCCGCGGAGCUGUUGAUUCGCCACGGCGCCGAGAUCGACAUCAGCGAGGAGCUGUCCAACCUGUCGCCCAUCCACUACGCCAUUCGCUCAGGAAAUGAGCGUCUCUUCGGCGAGCUCGUGUCGCGGGGCGUGCCGACUACGUGCAAGGACGCGAACGGCCUCAUGCCGCUCCAUGCCGCGGUGGCCGGCGGACACAUCGGGCUGGUGCACAAGCUCGUGUCCAUGGGCGUGCCGCUCCACAUCGAAGAUCUCCGCAAGCGCACCGCCCUCCACUGGGCCGCAUCCGAUGGCACGACGGAGCGGAGCGUCUACCUCUCGCGCACGAUCGGGCGCGUACUGGAUGAGGCCCCGCUCACUCCCUUCGCGGGAGACAAGAUCGAGCAGUUGGCCCUCCUCGACCGCUCGCGGCAGUUCGUGCUGCGCAUCCACCAGUUCAAGAGCUUCGUGGAAGCUGAGGACACCCAGGCCUCGGAUGACGACGCCGAUUCGGAUAACGACGACGCGAACUGGGGCGUGUUUGCCGACUACGCCAUCAGCAUCCAAAACAAGGACCAGUACAAGUCUAUUUCAAUGGAAUCGGGCAACCGCUUCGAGCGACGGAGCAGCGGCUGGGGCUGGCGCAAGUUCGCAAAGAUGUCGACCCUCACCGAUCCCGACGCCGGCUUCAUGUGGGGCGACGACGAAUCGAUCCAGCUGCUGGUCAAGUUCGAAAUGAUCCCGAGUACGGCGGUGGCGCGACACUUUGCGUUUAUCAAGCAAAAGGCCCCCGUGCAGAAGGACUGGGAGCAACACGUGGAGAAGAAGAAGAAGCUCAUCGAGUACCUGCUGGCCAACGGGCUCGAUGCCAAGGCCGCCUCCAUCGACGGGUGGACUCCGCUGCACCUCCAAGCUGAGAAGCCCGACGCGGCCAGUGCCCGCUUGCUGGUCGACGCCGGCGCAGACCCCAACGCGCGCGACUCCGAAGGCUGCACGCCCAUGCACUGGGCCGCACGGCCGAAGAACUACCACGUCGCGCGGCCGAAGCGCUUGCGAAUGUCGGCCGAGCUGAUCAGUUUCCUGCGGGAGAAGGGCGCCGACAUCAACGCGCGCGACAUCACCGGCGCCGCGCCGCUCCACUACGCCGUGUGGCACAACGAGGACUUUGUCGAGAUCCUACUCAACAACGGGGCCGACCCCAACAUCGCCACGCUGCCCGCCUGCGGCCAGUACACGCCGCUCCACUUCGCGGCCGACAUUCGCAAGAAGAGCGCCAUCAAGUCGCUCCUCGAGAAGGGCGCCGAUCCCACGCGCAUCGACGCCGAAGGCCGCUCAGUCCUCCAUCACAUCGUCAAGGACUGCGAUGUGCAGUUCACGAUCGAGGAUCCGGUGAUCCCUGGCGAGCCGCUCAGCGACUCUCUGAUCGUGGUGGGCGAUCUGCCCUCGGAGGAACGCGGCGGUGACGAACACGCGUGGGACGUCCUCUUCGAUGUCCAGGGCCAACGAAUU